UGAAUAACGCAUGCGCAGCUGCCACGCACCUUGGAAACGAACAAACAACUAGCACAGGAUUUGGAGCCAUAAGCAACAGUAUUUUGUGUGGAGUUUUUGUAAUUUAGGAAAGUCAAGAUGCCUGCAGGUGGCACAGUUAUGAAUCGACCGAUUCAGGAACAUAUUGAUGAGCUCAAGGCAAAGAUCGCCCUCUUAGAUGGCGACAGGAAGGCCUACUUCGAAACCUCCCAGUUUGCUAUGAAAAAGAACAGAGAGGGUAUUCUUAAACUGAGGAAAGAAAACAAAGAACUAAGGAAAAAGCUGAGUGACUCACUCUCUCAAGAUGAACAUGUUAUCAACAAAGCUUUUCAGGAUCAUCCAGUUGAAAGAGCCGCCAUGAAGAAUAAAACUGGCAGGCAAGCUAUCACUGUAAUGGAUCACAAAGUUUGUGAUACUGUGAAAAGAUUGAACGCUCUUCGUCACCAGACUGCAACAAAACAGAAACGACUCGAAGACUUGCAGACACAGUAUGGUCAGAUGCAGAAAGAUGCUAGUGAAGCUGUUAACACAGACAAAGGUCAAUCAGCCGAUGCUCAGCAAAUGAGAUACCUUGAGAACAGUUAUGACAAAACCAAGCUGAAAAUUGAUGAAGCUACUCACUUGAGAAGAAUCUAUGAAGAUAUCAAGAAGAAACUAGAAGUG